AAUAAACUUAACCAAACAUAGAAGCAUGCAUUUUUAGGAAUAUUUUUAUGGGACGUACUUAACAAUGCAUAUAUCGGCAGUUCCUAGUGAUGACAACUUAAAAGGAUUGAAAGAAUUGUACUUGCAAGUUCCAGCUGAGCAAAAUUCGGAAGUGCUAGAAAAUAUUACACCACCUCCAAGCUACGACGACUGUACCACACACAAAUGUCUCCUACAAAUAAAACAUAAAAGGAUAGAGAAAAUUAGCAUCAAACAAAUUAAACCUACAAAGUGCACAAAUUAUGAUGACAUUACAAUCAAGACAUCAGUAUUCAACAGAAAUAGUUCAUUUCAUGAAAAAUUUGGAGAGGAUACUAAUCCGGAAGAACAUGCCUCGAUCAAUCAGAACAAUGAACGGUGUGUACUAGAAAAAUACGUUUCUUGUAGAUGGAGAGUUGCAUUUCUGGCCCUCUCGGGUCUCAUCAUGCAAAUAGCUCACAGAAACUGUAUCAGUGUAGCAAUAGUUUGUAUGACAAAGGAAGUUGUGAUGAACGUCACCAUAAAUGGAACAGUUACAAGUCAAAUAUUUAAAGAAUAUAAUUGGACAUCUGAAAUGGAAGGGGUCAUCUUGUCGUCCUAUUUUUAUGGACAAAUUAUAUCGCCAUUGAUCUCCGGGAUGCUAUGUCGCCAUUAUGGUGUGCGAGGGCCAAUGACGGUGUACGUUUUGUUGUCAUCGUUAUUGCUGAUUUCAACUCCUUUUGUGGCACACUAUGGAGCAUGGGGAGUGAUUAUAAUCAGGAGUGCGCAGGGAUUUUUCGGGUCAGGUUGUCUACCUAUGUAUUCACAUUUAUGGUCUCGUUGGGCUCCGAAACAAGAACGAAGCCAACUUAUUUCGCUUACAUUUUCUGGAUUGGACAUUGGUGUCAUCGUUGCUUUUACAGCUUCUGGAUGGCUUUGUACAUUAUGGAAUCAUCAUGGGUGGCCUCUGAUAUUUUAUGUUUUUGGUGCUAUUUCAAUAUUGUGGUGUGUAGUUUGGCUAUUCUUUUUCACUGACUUGCCAGAGGAAAAUUCCUUCAUUUCAAAGCAGGAAUUAAAGUACAUAAUGUCAGAGCGUUCAUCUGAAGUUAGCAAGCAUAUAUCAACUCCGUGGUUUAAAAUAUUUACUUCCGGUCCAGUAUUUGCCAUGAUUAUGGGGAUGUUUACAGUGGCAUGGGGAAUGACAGUUGUGUUUUCUUUCCUUCCAAAAUAUAUGAAUGAUGUUCUGAAAUACGACAUAAAGCAGAAUGGAUUAUAUUCAUCCCUACCGUUUCUUGGAAGAGCAUUUUCAAUUAUCCUUGUUGGUAGAUUGACAGAUUACUUAUUGAAUAGAAAUAAGUUUACACAUACAACAAUGAGAAAAAUUAACCAGUGUGGGGCUGGAAUUCUGGGAGCAGCUAUGAUAAUACCCGUCAGUUUUCUAUCUGAAGGAGAUAGCUUUUCAGCUGUUAUGUUAAUAACAUUUUCAUCGAUGGCUUUGGGAGGGACUAUGUCUGGUUCUUAUGCAAAUAUCCUGGAAAUAUUCCCUAGUCAUGUAUCUACAAUUUCUGGUGUAGCUUUUGCAAUGAAUGGAAUUGGCCAAAUUACUGCUCCUAUUAUUAUCGGACAGAUGAUUAAAAAGGGGAGCAGAGAAGAAUGGAUAUAUGUUUUUAUUUCAAUUGGUGUUGUUUAUAUUAUUGGUGCUAUAAUUUAUGCCUUACUUGGAAACGCUAACUCAUGUGAAGACAAUGACGUCAAAAUAACAGUAUCUCAAGAGGAAAAUAUUGAUUCUUGCAAUUCAGGUGUACAGACAAUUUCCGGAAAUUGUACGUCAUUGUCACCAACAAAUAAACAGAUAGUAUAUUCAAUUUCGGAAUGUCCAGUAGUGUACAGGACAAAAAACUCUUACACUUACACUCUUUGAUCUUCAUUUCUUUGUUUUAUUCCUUUGUUUUAAAUAUUAUUUAUUUAUUUAAUUUAUAAUAUUUCAUAUUGAAUAUAUACUCUAUGAAUAAAUCUUAACAAUA